GGAGUUAUCACCGCUGCACUCAAGUGAAAAUGUAAAUCCUCUGACUCAAUAAGGGCGCACGAGGACACUCAUUUACCUCAGCCAAUGGCUGCAACCUGCACGCCUUCAAUCUGCUGUCCUUCUUCUGCUGCGGCGGGAUGCAAUAGUCCAAGAUUUGCCAUAUGCAGCGGUGCAUAUAUGCAUGCAACGUGCCCGUAACGAGUCCACAUGAAAGUAGAAGCAGCUCCGCACCGCUCCAGUCCCAGCAAGCCGGAUGAUGGAUGACUUUAUUUGAGAGCGGGCUUUUGCCUCGGGACGCGAAUCAGUUGGAACUUGCCGAAUUUUUCUUUUUUUUUCUUUCCUCGUGUAAGAACAAUUUGGUGCAGCGGACCCAGAGGAUACUACUAUAGUGCUGCUUGCACACACAAGCGUUCAGCUGCAGUCUACUUCACGUCAACUGCAUUGCCACAACUGUAGGAGAGAAUGUAUCCAUCAUGAUUCAAUGCAGCUUUUCUCAUGAACUCUUUCGUGGUUCUCCACACUUACAUCCCCAAGCGGAGCGUUUUUCAAACCACUUCACAACUACAAUGGGACAAGGUAACGUGCUAAGUGGACGAGAUGUUGCAGACAGAAGUGCAGAGAGGGUGCCAGGCAGCGACUUCCAGAGGACACCUGCGGACGAGUGAAUGCCGUCUCCGAUGUGGAGCUUGUCGCUGUCCGACACGCGCGUGGUGCUGAAAUUCGGAUGAUGCCUGGCCAGCGAUUGCAAGGCUGCCGCUCCCUGCACCUCAACGAGGACAACGGCCGCUUCGUGCUGCUCGCUGUCCUCAUCGUACUGUACUUGCUGUGCGGCGCCGCGGUCUUCUCGGCCAUAGAGAGGCCGUCGGAGCUGCGGGCUCACGGCCGCUGGAACGGGACGCUCCUCAACUUCAGCGAGACCUUCAACAUCAGCCUGCGGGACCUCAACUCCUUCCUGCGGGAGUACGAGGCUGCCAUCGCCGCCGGGAUCCGGGCUGAUGCCCUGAGGCCACGAUGGGAUUUUACUGGGGCUUUUUAUUUUGUUGGAACUGUUGUGUCGACUAUAGGUUUUGGGAUGACAACGCCCGUGACGGUGGCCGGCAAAGUGUUCCUGAUCUUUUACGGGCUUCUGGGCUGCGCCGCCACCAUCCUCUUCUUUAACCUCUUCCUUGAGCGCAUCAUCACGCUGCUGGCCGUGGUGAUGAAGGCUGUGCGGGAGCGGCGAAUCAGGAACAGUGGCCUACUGCCGCCAGGGAUCCGCCAUGACUUCUCGGCAUACUCCCUCCCCGGCUGGAAGCCGUCCGUCUACCACGUUAUGCUGAUUCUGGGCCUGUCAGCCAUCACCAUCUCGUGCUGUGCAUCAGCUAUGUACACCCCCGUAGAGGGCUGGGCUUACUUAGACUCGCUCUACUUCUGCUUUGUCACCUUCAGCACCAUCGGAUUUGGGGAUUUUGUCAGCAGCCAGGGCGCGGCUUACGGACACCAGAGCCUUUACAGGGUGGCCAACUUCUUCUUCAUGCUGAUGGGUGUGUGCUGCAUCUACUCACUCUUUAACGUCAUCUCUAUUGUCAUCAAGCAGGUGCUCAACUGGAUUCUGGAGAAAAUGAGCUGCUUGUUUUGCCAGCGCUGCAAUAAAGCCAACCUCCUCCUGGGCAGACGCAACGCCAUCCGCCCUGGCUCCAAGGGGCGCCAUGGUCGGCCACAUGACUCAGACGGGCCCUGCGAUAGUGAUACGGAGGGGCGCCGAUUGUCGGGGGAGAUGAUCUCUAUGAAAGAUCUGGCAGCCUCUAACAAGGUGUCGCUGGCCAUCAUGCAAAAGCAGCUGUCCGAGUCGGCCAAUGGGUAUCCGAGGACGGUCUGUGGCAGCUCCCGCCAUAAUGGUUUCUCUGGAGGGGUGGGGGCACUCGGCAUCAUGAACAACAGGCUGGCAGAGACGAGUAACUCUAGGUAGAGGACGCAGUGAAACAGGAAGUGUGGAAUCUCUCGAUACUGACACAGCGAAACAAACACUGAGGUCGAUUACCAUUGACGAGGCUUCUGAGAUAGAUGUAACUUAUUAUACUUGAAACAUGGGAUCUCUUUUGGAUGCUUUUGGCUGGAAUUCCACGAGGUCGUGAUGGCUUCAGUGAUGAUUUGAUGAUGAUGAUGAUGAUGAUGAUGAUGAUGAUGGCAUGAAGAGAGAACCACGUCAAAGUCAACAAAACCUGGGGACCCUCCAUCCCUCAUUGCACUCACCUCAAACCAAACCCAGAACAAAUCACUGAUAUGUCAGUGUUAUUUUGAGGUCUGUUACAUAUGCUCAAUAUAUCAGACAUGUACGACUUAAAUGUGCUACAAAAGGAGCCACGGUCGGCAUACAAUGCAAUCGUCAUUGUUUUCGGACAGUUUAUCUAAAUGUACAUAUUGAAUGCUGAUAUAAAUGAGACAUAUGUAUUCACUGAAUGACAUGGCACAUACUGAUCUAUGCAUUAUACAUCUCAUGCAUUUUUUGCACCAUUUCUAAACCUUCCAUUGAAUGUGCAAACUCCAUUUCCAUCUUUACAUGAGGCAAGUUUUACCCUCGGGUGAUUGAUUUCCUUCCUGAGGGGCAGCGCAGGUUUAGCUAAGCAUGGCUGCGAUGUAGCUGAUUUCAACAGGGCAGUAGUGACAGGUGAUUCUACACUAAUGGGCCACGAUGAGUCAUUCUCAAUUGCUCAAAGAUAAAGAAGAGAGUACAAAAUGGUAAUCCAUUUUUUGUGAGAGAGAAAUUGGCCUUCUUAUCAGUCCAGAAAAUGCUUCUGCGGCCAAAGACUUUGACUUGGAGGGUAAAAGAAAGCACCACCCAACUCCCACUCUUUAAAAAAAAAUAAAAAAAACGAAAACAGCUUGCAAUGCAUGAUUUACUCUUUGACUGCAGAAUGUAGACCAAUGUAUUCGUAGAAACUGAAUACAUGAGGAGAGGGUUUAUGUUUGUUUGAAGUGAAAUAUGAGGCAGAAGACACAAAUAAUGGAUGGUUUUUUCCAGGAGGUACAGUAUUUUAAAUAAUACAGAAUGGAAGAAGGCAGGUCAGAUGCUCGAGUUGAAAACAAAACCCUGAAUGGAUGCUCUGAUUUAUUUUCAUACUCCUUCACUGACGUGGUUUCCUCUGGGAAACAGGGCGGGACCUAAAGGCCUGCACAAGUCAAUUACCCUCGGUUUUGGUGUAAACGUGUAGCCAAAGUUUGGAUGGCUGGUGUUUCCUUAGGAUGCAGUGCUACCAGACCACAAGAUAAAUCUUCUAGUUGCUAAUCUCUUCCGGGGCAUGUGUGAGUCAUAGCCGUGUGAUGUGUGUAUUCUUUUUGUCAAACUGCCAACAUAGAAGGAGUCGUUGAUAGUUAAGCUAAGAGAUGAAGGAGGAGAACACAGUAGAGAUGCCUAGAGGUAGAGAAGGUGGUGUCAAAUCCAUGGCCAAUAAAAAAAAUGGCUUAUUUCAGCCGAGUACUCAACUAUUCUUGGCAUCCAUCUUCAACAUGUAAAAUCCUGGCCUUUCACUUCUUUUUCUCUGUCAUCUAUGGAUUCACUUAACAGAUCCCUCCAGCCUCCUAUUUCCCGCAGAUCUUGGCUCUCUCCUCAUGCUCAUCACCCUUACACUGUGAAUAUGAUGAGACAUGCCAUAAAUGUAGAUAUAUAUACAUAUGUAGUAUUGGAAUGUCUUAAAAUGCGCUUUUACAAUAAGGCAAGAAUUGGAUUUGAAUCUAUUCUUUAUUGAUUUUCAUCCUGUUCGUACAUAGAUUUGAAUAAUUUCUUUUACUCCCCAGCCUCAUCAAGAGGAAUAGAGAAAAUGACUCAGGUAGUUAAAUUUUCAGGCUUGUCUUAGUUUUUCCUGCAUGUUGUUGUGCUAAAGCCAUACGAGAUAGCUGUAUAUAAAACAGAGGACUCUUUAAAGUCUAUUUUUCUACAUAUAGCUUGUACAUGUGGGUAAUUGAAUAAGUCAUUGUCUAAUGUCUGCAGAUGACCACCAUACAGAACUUAAAUACCCUCACAAAACAUGGGUACAACGGGUUAAUGAGAAAAUAGGUUUUCCAGAUGUUUAAAAAGUUUGCUGCUUUGGAAAAUACACAUAGUGAUAUAAUUUCUUGCGGAAAGCUGAAUGGGAAGAUUGCUGCCACUCUUACAAGGAAGCUCCAUGCAACAUGUUUUGUGUCAUGUCCUCUGAAGGUUGGGAGGGAGGAAACAGAUUUCCAAGAGGUAAAACAAAUAGUUUUAUGAGUGGCUAGCCGUGUUUAUGCAAAGCUAAGACAACCCGAUGCUGUUUGAAUCUUCAUACUUAACACAACAAGAAAUACGCUUUAAGAUUAUAUGUUUGAGCUAGCAGUGUCAGGGGAUGGGGAGGGGGGUCAUAGCAGUGGCAAACCCCAGGACGUUUGGGCAUUAGUAUAGGCAAAUUACACCUAAUCGAGUAAAAUUCAAUGAUAACCCGCUGGAUCAACAUAUUGGAGAGGUGUUUUACUGUCAUAAUGCUCUAUUUAAGCCUUCAUUUUCCUUCUGAGGCCCAAGGUUACAAUAAAAGAGUUUUCAUGAU